UUUGUUGUCAACCGCGGCAGCCGGCGGGCGGUGCGCGCGCCUUCGCGCUCGCGCGGGGUGGGUGGACGAGCGGGCGCGCGCCGCCGAGGCCGCCCCACCGCCGCCCGCCGGCACCUGCUUCUCCCUGGGGCGGGCGGCGCGGGACCCCCGCGGCGCGAGGCGGAACUUUCAGCCCGGGGUCCGUUAACGCCACUCGCGCACCGAGCGCGCGCUGGUCCCGCCACUCCCCUCAGGAGCCGGGAGACGCCGCGCGCCGGCAGCCUUUGUGUGCGCAGCCCCCGCACUCGCCCAGGGGACGACGCGCUCCGCACCGCUGCCCGCCCCCGGGCCCUCCUGCCGCGCUGGGCUUUUCCCCCCACCCAUUUUGGUGGGUGGGGGGCCACUGCCCCUCCGCAAGGGAGCGGCGGCGGGUGUUCCCCUCCUGCGGGCAGCAUGGUGGACCUGGACAGCGAGGUGCCCCCGCUCCCGCCGCGGUACCGGUUUCGGGACUUGCUGCUGGGCGACCAGGGCUGGCAGAGCGACGACAGGGUUCAAGUUGAAUUCUAUAUGAAUGAAAAUACAUUUAAAGAGAGACUAAAGCUCUUCUUCAUCAAAAACCAAAGAUCAAGUCUGAGAAUACGAUUAUUCAAUUUUUCUCUCAAGCUACUAAGCUGUUUCUUAUACAUAAUUCGUGUGCUCCUGGAUGAUCCUACACAAGCACUUGGAUGUAAGGAAUUACACCGGAGUUGUUCCAAUCAAAACUACACACCUGGAACAAUUGAUUGGUCUCCUAUUAUUUGGGUGAAUCGAAGCUUGCCUUUAUGGGGAUUACAGGUUUCUGUGGCUUUAAUAAGUCUCUUUGAAACACUGCUGCUGAGUUAUCUAAGCUACAAGGGAAAUAUCUGGGAACAAAUUCUGAGAAUACCCUUUCUCCUGGAAAUAAUUAAUGCUGUCCCUUUCAUCAUCACGAUUUUCUGGCCAGUCCUAAGAAACCUGUUUAUUCCUGUAUUUUUAAAUUGUUGGCUGGCAAAGCAUGCUUUAGAGAAUAUGAUUAAUGAUCUUCACAGAGCCAUCCAACGCACACAGUCUGCGAUGUUUAACCAAGUCCUCAUUCUAAUAUCUACCUUACUAUGUCUGAUCUUCACUUGUAUUUGUGGAAUUCAGCAUCUGGAACGAGCAGGAAACAGGUUGACUCUCUUUGACUCCCUUUAUUUCUGCAUAGUGACAUUUUCCACUGUGGGCUUUGGGGAUGUUACACCCAAGAUAUGGCCUUCAAAGCUGCUUGUUGUCAUUAUGAUCUGUGUUGCUCUUGUGGUGUUGCCCAUACAGUUUGAACAGCUGGCAUAUUUGUGGAUGGAGAGACAAAAGUCCGGUGGUAACUACAGUCGACACAGAGCUCAGACGGAAAAACAUGUUGUGCUGUGUGUUAGCUCUCUGAAGAUUGACUUACUUAUGGAUUUCUUAAAUGAAUUCUAUGCUCACCCCAGAUUGCAGGACUAUUAUGUUGUUAUUUUGUGUCCUACUGAGAUGGAUGCUCAGGUCCGAAGGGUGUUACAAAUCCCAAUGUGGUCCCAAAGAGUUAUCUAUCUGCAAGGCUCAGCACUAAAAGAUCAAGACCUGUUGAGAGCUAAAAUGGAUGAUGCUGAAGCUUGUUUCAUUCUGAGUAGCCGCUGUGAGGUGGACCGGACAGCAGCUGAUCAUCAAACCAUUUUAAGAGCAUGGGCAGUUAAAGACUUUGCUCCAAAUUGUCCUUUGUAUGUUCAAAUACUGAAACCUGAGAAUAAAUUCCACAUCAAAUUUGCAGAUCAUGUUGUGUGUGAAGAGGAAUUCAAAUAUGCGAUGCUAGCUCUAAAUUGUAUAUGCCCAGCUACCUCUACAUUAAUCACACUGCUGGUUCAUACAUCUAGGGGACAAACAGCCCCAUGGGAAGCUUUUAGACAACUAACUGGAACCAAGCAGACUUUAAACAGGGAGAGUCAGCAAUCACCAGAACAAUGGCAGAAAAUGUAUGGCAGAUGCUCUGGUAAUGAAGUGUAUCAUAUUAACCUGGAAGAAAGUACUUUUUUUGCUGAGUAUGAGGGGAAAAGCUUCACAUAUGCUUCUUUCCAUGCACAUAAAAAGUUUGGAGUCUGUCUGAUUGGUGUUAGAAAGGAAGAUAACAAAAACAUUUUGCUGAAUCCAGGUCCUCGAUAUAUCAUGAGUUCUACAGAUAUAUGCUUUUAUAUAAAUAUCACCAAAGAAGAGAAUUCUGCUUUUAAGAAGCACGAAAAGCAUAGAAAAAACCAUGAAUCAAAGUUAUCUUAUCAUGGAGCUUCUAGAUUACCUGUACACAGUAUAAUAGCCAGCAUGGGGACAGUGGCUAUUGAUUUACAAGACACAGGAUGCCGAACAUCCAGGGGACCUACGCUAGCUCUUCCUUCUGAGGGAGGUAAAGAGGGCAGGCGGCCCAGUAUAGCUCCUGUUUUGGAGGUUGCAGACUCCUCCUCGCUUCAGACGUGUGACCUGCUAAGUGACCAGUCAGAAGAUGAAACUACCCCAUCAGAUGAGGAAGUCUCUGCGGGCUUAGAGUAUGCCAAAGGCUAUCCUCCUUACUCUCCAUAUAUUGGAAGCUCUCCCACAUUUUGCCAUCUUCUGCAUGAAAAAGUACCCUUCUGUUGUCUACGACUAGAUAAGGGAUGCCAGCAUAACUACUAUGAAGAUGCCAAAGCCUAUGGAUUCAAAAAUAAAUUGAUUAUAGUUGCAGCGGAAACUGCUGGAAAUGGCUUAUAUAACUUUAUUGUUCCACUCAGAGCUUAUUACCGACCAAAGAAAGAACUAAAUCCCAUUGUAUUACUCCUGGAUAACCCGCCAGAUAUGCAUUUUCUGGAUGCAAUCUGUUGGUUUCCAAUGGUUUACUACAUGGUGGGCUCUAUCGACAACCUAGAUGACUUAUUAAGAUGUGGGGUCACCUUUGCAGCUAAUAUGGUGGUGGUGGACAAAGAAAGUACAAUGAGUGCUGAGGAAGACUACAUGGCAGAUGCCAAGACUAUCGUAAAUGUUCAAACACUCUUUAGGUUGUUCUCAAGCCUAAGUAUUAUCACAGAACUAACUCACCCAGCCAAUAUGCGAUUCAUGCAGUUCAGAGCCAAAGACUGCUACUCUCUUGCUCUAUCCAAAUUAGAAAAGAAAGAGCGGGAGAAGGGAUCUAAUCUGGCAUUUAUGUUUCGACUGCCCUUCGCUGCUGGCAGGGUUUUCAGCAUCAGUAUGUUGGAUACGCUGCUUUAUCAGUCAUUUGUGAAAGAUUAUAUGAUUUCUAUCACAAGACUUCUGCUGGGACUUGAUACCACACCAGGAUCUGGGUUUCUUUGUUCUAUGAAAAUUACAGAAGAGGAUCUCUGGAUUAGGACAUAUGCCAGACUAUAUCAGAAACUUUGUUCUUCUACAGGAGACAUUCCAAUUGGAGUCUAUAGGACAGAAUCCCAAAAGCUUACAACAUCCGAGUCACGAGAAAUGGCUUCACAAUCUCAAAUCUCUAUCAAUGUGGAAGAGUGGGAAGACACUAAAGACACCAAAGAACAGAUUAGUUAUCGCAGUAAUCAUCGUAACUCAACAUCUAGCGAUCAGUCUGAUCAUCCCUUGUUACGACGAAAAAGCAUGCAGUGGGCCCGGCGGCUGAGCAGAAGAGUACCAAGGCAUUCCAGUAAAACGGCCGAGAAGAUAAACCAGCAGCGAAUGAACCUUUACAGGAGGUCAGAAAGACAAGAGCUUGCUGAACUUGUGAAAAACAGGAUGAAGCAUCUGGGCCUUUCUCCAGCAGGAUACGAUGAAAUGAAUGAUCAUCAGAACACCCUUUCUUACAUCCUGAUCAAUCCUUCUCCAGAUACAAGAUUAGAGCUGAAUGAUAUAGUAUACUUGAUCCGACCUGAUCCAUUGGCUUACGUUCCAAAUACUGCACCCAGCCGAAAAGACAGCUUCUGCAAUACAGUGGGACAAGACACCAGGGAGGAAACACAACUUUGAUGUGUAACUCAUCACAAAAUUAAGAGACAGUUUUAUACACGUUAUUUCCACUAACCAUUCUGAAAACUGAGUGGUAUAUUUUAUUUAUAUUAUUUGGUAAGUGACCAAAUUUAGAAAUGUGGUGUCUAGAAGCUCUGAUUUAAGGGAUUGUCAGGCUUGUGGCCUGUUCAACAUGGUAGUUGAACUUUGUCAGCUUAACAGAAUUAUGACAUCUAUUACUAUUUAACCAAUAUGAACAAAUGAUUUAAGUGGUGACAGGUUCCAUCAUGUGUUUUGCUUAGAUGCUUCUAAGCAUAUUUAUUAAAGUGACAGCGUGUCAGUGACUAAGCUUCUGACCUACAUCAGUAAAGAUAAUCAGAUGCCUGUAGAGAGACCAUGCACAAUUUGUAGUAGAAAAUACAUUAAUACCUAAAGGCACCAACGAGGCGUUGCGUGGCAAGAACGCAGCCUUUGAGAAAAUUUUCAGUCUCAGCCUGUCAUCCAUUAUGUAUUCAAACAGGCUAGUUUCAGUCCUGUUUCAGCCUCCAGGACGUGAGUGUUAGUUCUCUGGGUUUACACAGAUCAGAUUGUAAUGACGCAACCUCAUCACACUGUAGAGGUUGAGAUCUGAGGUGUAUCACAGAGAUUAGCUCAGAGGAGCCCACCUAGAGGAAAGCCCCUUUCAUCUCACACAGGCAGCCCCCCACAUUCACAAAAACUGGGAAGGUACUGUCUGUGUGAAGCUGCAGAGUAGCUCAGGUGAAAUAGAACCCUUUUAACCUUACUGAGUUUGUCAAUAGAAGCCUGACUAGAUUAUGGUACAAAAGAGAGAGCAUCCCUCUAGGGAACAAUUCAUACCACAAGUCCUUCUCAUUUCCAUGAAUAUGCCAGAAUCGCAACUGUCCAAAGUAUGUACAUGCCCAGUCAUUCAGAUUACCCAAAUGUGAUACACUUUCAUAUGAAAUUAUGUAUCACAUUGAAAAAUUAAAGACAUUUAUAAACCAUUUCAUAAAAUGAAUGUAAUACCAUGUUAUGUGUAAAGGCACCAUGGAUUUGAAGACUCCGUUUGGGCAUUAAGUACACAAAAAAGCAUCUGCUUAUGUAUGAAACAUCUGAAGCUAUUAAUCUCUGGUCUACACCUACGAGAAUGCCACAAUUGGUCAAGCUUUCUACAGAAUGAAGCAUGCCUGUACAUGAUCUUCCAAAAAUCACAUUCUUGCUUUGCCAUCUGUCACAAAGGGGAAAGAGCAUCCUUAAGGUAAAAACCCUACUGUUACAAUUAUCCAUAGAACAGGUACAAGAAAUUUAGCAGGUAGCCUACAAUGGAAAAACUGAUUAUUCUUUGAAUUCCCUUGAUGUCCUACAUGUACAAAAAUUCAGUCAAAAUUAUUUCUACUCUCUUCUAUAUUAUUUGAUAGAACUACAAUUUUUUUUUCUGAAAAAUAAAAUACCAAGUUGCCCAGUGAACAACUCAUGGAUGUGAGUAUGCUUAUCAGCAUUGUAAGGAUGUUGAAAUCAAGUCACAUUCAUAUUAGGUACAACAGCAAAUCUGCUCUUAUUCCCUCUCUUCCUCUUAAUUCUUCCAAAACUUAACUAAUCUGUUCUAUAUUGUUAGAAAUCCUAAAGCCACAAUUAUAAAAAACCCAUAUGUCUCAGAGUGGACUGAAGCCAUCAGAAGACCAGGAAUACCAGUUUUAAAGGGAAAAAGGAUAACUGGAAAGUAGGGUUUCUCAGCAUUUUUUUUACAUUGACAUAUUAAAGUAGCAUCAUGGUUCAGAAGGGUUUCAGUGAUUCCACACAGAGUCCAUUAUUGUUCAGUGUUUUUCCACACACGAGUCAUUUAUCAAAUUAUUCACAGGUAAGGACAAAGUAUUUCAAAUGUUCCCUCUGGGCACUGUGGAAAAAAAGAAACAAUUGAAACAGCUGCAUAGACUGAAGUUGACAGCUUUUUAAAAAACAGUACAUGGUACAGGAUCUUGUUCAAGACCUGUCAUAGAAGUUAUCCCAGAAAAGACUGCAUGUGCAGUGUGAAUAACUUCCUAUUUUUAAUGCCUUCAGUGAGAAGUUCCAGUUGAUGUGUUCCAGUUGAAUAUUUUUUUAAAAAAUACAAGUUUCUUAAAAAUGUUCACUCCGAAAAUAUUAGGACCAUCCCUUGUUUCAUACUGAGGGCCUUUCUAACGGAGUCUCAAGUAGGCAGACAGGAUCCCAGAAACACGCCUACCCUUCAGCUGGCAAGCUAGAUACUCUGCUUUCAGUGUGAUUCACGUGCUCUUCACAGGCAUUCCCUGUACGCUGCCUGUAGUACCCACCACAGAUUGAAGGACUCUCUGCCACAAGCAUCUAUAGGUAGGACUUGAUGCCUUGCAUUUAACAGCCUAUAAAGCCGCAGAAGCAAGCAGUCAGGGGUAUCCAUUUUCCCACCCAACUCAGCAGAAUUGCUCAGCUAGACUUGAAUAGUAGCAUGUAAUGUGACCUGAUAUUUCUCCAGGCUUAAUGGAUUUCUAAUUGCUCAUUAGCCCCAGAAGAUUUGCUAAAGCAAACACAAAAGCAGCUGGAGACACUUGCAGUCUCUAAAGUGAAUGAAUGGCAAUCUUUCUGAACAAAAUACUUGGUUCUCUUCAAAGUCUGCUGGAAGACAAAUAAGGUAAUAAAAACUAACAACAGCUUCUUAUGAAUAGAAGUUCUAAUAACACAUGAAUAGUAUACCACAAAGUUCUGUUAUUCAAAAUAUACUGCCUUGCAUGUUGAAAGCCAAACAGCUUUGCUUCCUCUGGCAUAUCUUCACACACAGAUAGAUCCCAUUCUAGUGGGAUUUAGAUUUUUCAAGAACUACCCUAAGCACCUCUACAUUAUCACUGAAUGAGAUGGUACGCACAUUCCUUUGGUGGUCAGGAAGGCGAUUCUUUAAUGGACAUCCUACAGGCAAUCUUAUGUCUCAUCAUGAUUAUUAGAAACAUAAUACAAGUCUAGCUGGACUGCAGACCAGAUUGAAGAACAGUAAUCUCUCUGCUCGGUGCUGGAGAAAGGAUGAUGAAGUUUAGAAUCAGUAGGUCCAAAUGACUGUUGAACAGAGGAGUUUUGUCUGGUCAUAGUUCACUCAGUAGAUGGAGAAAUUUAGAGCUAUGAUUGCUGACAUAAACAAGAGAUGUAAUCCUAAACCAGUUGUCAAGCGUCAGAUGGCCAGAUAACCUGUAUUUGUUUCUUUCAAUCAAAAAAAAAGAAAAAUGUGGAUGAUUUCAAUCUGUGCUUAACUGCAUGUAUUUUUUUCCUCCUGACUCACUUCUAUGAAUAACUCAAAGAUGCCCAUGUUCCCCAACACUACUUUACCACAUACCAAGCAAUUUGGUACCCCAAUUCACAAUCCCACUGAAAAAAUUGACAGCAGAUAAUAAUUACUUCAUUCUCACAAGGGAAUUCUCCAGCAAAGCAAGACCUACCUGUGAAAACGUGUUACCUAGUCUGCAAUAAAAAGUGACAAAAAGUGUUUCAGUGGAAUGCAGCGUGUUUCCUUAACUAUUUCACUCCAAUUCCAGACCAUGCAUUAAUUCACAUACAAAGUAAAAAGCGUACAGUUUAUUAAAACCUGCAGUAGAACUAGUGAAGAUUUCAUGACAUUUUGACUUUGACAGGAACAGGUAUU